ACCUCAGACAUCAGGUUGACGCCGCCACGAGUGGACGUAUCGCGAUGUUGGUUUUCCUAAGUUUACUUGUGUUUGCGUACGCGCAAGAUAAUCAAGCUAAUCUCUCUGUAAACACGACCCAAGGCGUGGUUAUCGGGAGCCGGGCCACCGAUGGAAAUUAUUACACGUUUUAUGGUUUACAUUAUGGCGGAAACACGGCCGGAGAAAACAGAUUCAAGGCACCAACCCCUCCGCCAUCAUAUCCUGGCGAAUAUUAUGCCAUCGACAACAAAGUCAUAUGUGCCCAACCAUCUCCUAGAGGACUCAUCGGUGUUGAAGACUGUCUCGUACUAAAUGUUUUUACACAAAAUGUCACCGGAAACCGACCAGUAAUAGUUUGGCUCGAAGGUGAGGAGUAUACUACAACCAGACAAGAACUAUACUCAUUUAAUAAACUGGUUGAACAGGAUGUUGUGUUGGUUUCCAUAAACUACAGAUUAUCUAUAUUUGGGUUCCUCUGCUUGGGAGUACCAGAUGCCCCAGGUAACGCUGGAAUAAAGGACGCGAUUCAGGCUUUAAAAUGGAUACAGCAGAAUAUUGCUGGUUUUGGUGGAGAUCCGAAUAAUGUAGUAAUAUUAGCACAAGGAUCAGGCGCAGCAAUGGCCGAAUUGAUAACCUUAUCGCCUCUAUCGCAAAAUUUAGUGCAUAAAGUUAUAGCCAUAAGUGGAUCAGCAUUAUCACCGUGGGCCGUAGCAUACGAACCUGUAAAAUACGCUAAAAGUUUAGGGGAGAAACUGUCAUACACUGAUAAAUCGAAUGCAGAUCUGGCCAAAUUACUGGCUUCAACGGAUCUAAGCAUUUUAACUCCAGCACUAAAUGAUUUCGAAUUCUACAACAAUACUCCUCUUUUCGCACCGUGCGUCGAGCAAUCAAGUCUGGGAGAAGAGAGAGUUUUGACAGAUUCACCAAUAAACUUAAUCCGUAAUGGUAACUACAAUGAUGUCCCGUACAUCGCUGUCUUUGUUGAUCGAGAGGGGACUCUACGAGCUGAACAAGCCGCAGUAAAAGAUUGGCUAGGUAAAAUGGACAAGAACUUCACCGAUUUUAUACAAGUCGAUCUGAAAUUUGAGUCUGAAAAUAAUAGAUCUGCUGAAGCCCAAAAAAUAAGAGAUUUCUAUUUCGCACAAAAAGUUAUCGCUAUGGAUACAAUUGAAGAUUUCUUAGAUUACCAGGGCGAUACCUUGGUAACGGUGUCUGUAAUUCGAGGAGUAGCAGAGAGAGCAAAAACUUCUAAAUCGUCAGUGAGGCUCAUGGAGUUUGCUUAUCGCGGUACCCGCAACUCAGACUGGUCAUAUCCACAAAUACCUCUUAAAGGGGCAAGACAUGGUUCAUUGAUCAAUUACUUAUUUGACUUUGAUUUACGGCCAAGCGACGCAGCCGUACAAGAUGCAAUCAUUAGACGUUUAGUAGCUUUUGUUAAAGUUGGAGACCCGAAUCCAACUAAUUUCGUUAACCCUGGAAUCCAAUGGAAUACCUACACUCCAGAAUCUACAAUAGCCUUGCGUAUAAGUGGCGACGAUGAAAUCAUAGCUGGAAGAAGCUUCCAGGAGGAGGCGAGAGUUAACAUCCACCAACAAAAAAUGGACUUUUGGAAUUCCAUGUACCAAAAGUAUUACAAUCCACCACAAUCGACGUCUUCAGCUGGAAGGCUGUUAUGUUUGAGUCUAGUGUUAACAUUAAGUCAGUUUUUAAUAAAACUACUAUGAGAAACUCGUCCAUGUCUUUAAGUACAGUGUUUGGAUUUAUCUACACGAAUAUUAUAAAGACGAAAGAUGUGAACACUACAACUACUGAACCGAUAUUAAAUAUUUAAAAAAAAUAUAAAGAUAGCAAUUUAAAUAAUUAUGUUAUUUCACUAUGAUCGAAUUAAGUAACAUUUCGAUAAGAUGUAUUCAAUACUUGGACUGAGAAAUAUUAGAAUAAUAAUAAGUAGUUGUUUUGAAAAGUGAAAGAAGUACCAUAAUCUAAAAACUGUUUUAACAAUAAAUAAUGUAUUUGGGUAUUCUCUAGCUCAGUGUUUCCCAACGUUUUUUGUGCCAUGCCCAUUAACCUAACUAAAAUUCUUCUGCCCCCCUGUAUGUAUAAUACAUAAUUUA